AUGGCUCCGAACAGGCUCUGGGAGAAGCCAUUGCUGAAGCCCUUAAACUUGGGUCUUAGAGAGAAAGUGGCAACAGCACCUAGUGCUCCAUUUGCUACAAUACCCCAGCCUGCCCAGGCUAUCUCAAAUUUUGCAUUCUCGUUUUCUAUUAUAUCGAUCCUGACCGGAGUAACCACACUUUACAACACUGGCUUGAACUAUGGUGGACCUUUUUCUAUGGUCUACGGGUGGCUUAUUGCUAGUUUUUUCACCAUGUUUGUUGCUUUAUCAAUGGCUGAGAUUUGUUCAGCUUAUCCAACUUCUGGGGGUCUCUACUAUUGGAGUGCUAAGCUUGCUGGCCCAACUUGGGCACCUUUUGCUUCUUGGAUCACUGGCUGGAUUCAGGUCAUUGUUCUGCUUAGCACUGGUGGAAAAAAUGGAGGUGGAUAUGAAGCAUCUAAAUAUGUAGUUAUUUCUAUCCAUGGUGGAAUUUUACUCCUCCACGGUAUAUUGAACACCCUUCCUAUCUCAGUGCUAUCAUUCUUUGGACAAUUUGCUUCUAUUUGGAAUGCAAUAGGUGUUUUUGUGCUUAUGAUUUUGAUUCCGAUUGUUGCGACCCAAAGGGCUAGUGUUAAGUUUGUUUUCACUUAUUUUAAUACUGAUACUGGUGCCAGAAUCAGUAGCAGUCCCUACAUAUUUCUGGUGGGACUUUUUAUGGCUCAGUAUUCUCUAUCUGGAUAUGAUGCAUCAGCUCAUAUGACAGAAGAAACCAAGGAAGCUGAUAAAAAUGGACCAAAAGGAAUUAUCAAUGCUGUGGGAAUAUCUAUUAUUCUUGGAUUCUACUACAUAUUAGGAAUUACCUUUGCAGUUACUAACAUCCCUUACCUGUUAAGUAAAGACAAUGAUGCUGGUGGAUAUGCCAUUGCUCAAAUAUUUUAUGUGGCAUUCAAGGAUAGAUAUGGUCAUAGUAUUGGAGGGAUUAUCUGCUUGAUCAUUGUUGUUGUAGCUAUAUUUUUUUGUGGUAUGAGUUCAGUGACUAGCAACUCAAGGUUGCUGUAGCUAUAUUUUAUUGCU